AUGCGUAAAAUUAUUGAACAUAUUGAUGCAAGACAUUGGCGUACAUUAGAUUAUUUUCGAAUAUUGAACAAUCAAAAGCAAUUACAAGUACAAAAUGAAACAAUGCCUCAUAAGAUUUUAAAAUCUGAUAUAGAAUCUGAAACUGAUAAAGUAGAAAAACUUCAGCGAUAUCUAACUGAUCGAAUAGUUCAACCUUUUACAUAUAAAAAUUUAAAUUAUGUAAUUAAUCAACAACGAAUACGUGAUCGAUUACAAAAAGUUCGUCAAGAGAAACAAGAAAAAGAUAUGAAAAACCGAAAUAAAAAAAUUUUACAAACUGUUAAUGAAUACUUUCCAGAUAUUAAUAUUAUUAGUAAACAAGAAAAACAUAGAGAAACUAUUGAACAAUUAGCAAAACCUCGAAUAUUUAGUACAAAUGAAAAACCCUGA